CUGUCCGCCGCUCUUUGGCCCGCCAGAAAAGCAGCCGCCCGAAAUGCGCCUCUGCGCAGCCCUCGCCGCGUAGCUUUUCCAGCGGUAAAAGGGAAGAAAAAAAAAAAAAAUCUCGGCGUGUGUUCUUGCUACGCUGAAAGUUUCAGGAAGCUCCUUGCACGAUCCUGUUUUCGGCCGAGGAAAGCCUGCUACCUGUUUCCUCCCGCUGCCCCGAGGCCCAGCAGCCAGCCCCACACCUGCGAGCACCAGCCCCAGCCACCAUGUCUCCCAGGAGCAGCUGGUCCCCGACUUACCUACUGGUAAUCGCGUCUCUCAUACCCGCACCAUCCCAAAGCCAAGACUGUUCAGUAGAGAAAAUGGAAAAUACCAUCAUCGACAUAAACUUGGCACUCUCCAAAGGCAUCAGGGGUACCGAACCAGUUUAUACUCCAACCCCAGAAGCCUGCGUGCGUUCUUGCUGUUUGGGAAAAAAGCUAUCAGGAGACAAAGAGUGUAACUUGAUGAUUUUCGAUGCUCAAAGGACAAGCACAUAUCCGAACUGCUACCUGUUUUAUUGCCCUAGCGCAGAGGCCUGUCCAACGAAACUAGCAAUAGGACUCGUGAGCUACAAGAUAACUAGAGACACCCAUGCUCUGGAGGAUGCAUCCUUCAAAAAUGGAUCCUCUUCAUCUUCAGAUGUUGGAGCCUUUAUUUCUCACAGUCAGAUGAGCCAUCUGAACCCCACCACUGCUUUACAACUAUCUGACUUUCAUCCGGCAGCUGAACUCCCAAACCACAUGGCCAAACACAUAGACCGUAGUGAAUUUCAUACAGAUUUGCCUAAAAUACAAGGGACAAAGCAUUCUGAGAGCUUAGACUCCACCCCAAGGCAGAAAGUAAAUAACCUGCUGCCUACAAAUGUGACUUUCUCUGUUGGAGCUGGAAAUCCUUCCACUUCAGUCCCCAUGACUCAGUCCAUUGUCUCUGAACCCAGCAGUACCACCACUGCUCCUCUGCCUACGAAUGUCACCAGGCUGCAGUCCAGUACAAGCUCUCUGCCAACUGCUGCUGCUAAACCUGGUGCCCUCACCACCACCUCAGCUACCUUUCUGCCUAGAGCUGAACCUGGCAGCCUGGCCACUGGUGUUGCCACUACUCAUGUUCCUUUUUCCAGCCCCACAACUUCUGCUUUUACCACUGCGACCAACCAGGGGACCACAAACGGCAGCACUGAGUUGAGGCAGAGAAGGCCAGCCACCCCUUGGGUGCUAGCAGCUGUCUCCUCCAAUGACACCAACCAUGUCACCCCCUUCUCUUCUUCAGAUUUUGCUCUGUCUAGUAAUGAGUCCCCCACAGCUUUCCAAAACAAUCAUGAAGGUUAUGAGCCAUCUGAUUCAGAAAACUACUUGCCAGAGGACCUUUUGAGGUGGGAGGGUGUCGUUCAGUUGGGAGAAAAAAGCAGCCUUGUAGCGGCCUUACUUUUUGGGGUGAUAUUCUUGUUAUUAGUUAUUGCACUAACAGGGAAGAAAGUCCACGAAUCACUUCAGAAGAGAUAUUAUACAAGGCUGGAUUACUUGAUCAAUGGAAUGUAUGCGGACGUGUGAUGGGAAGGGAGGGGGAAAUAACUGGUCAGGAGCAAAUGUGGUCAUUGCUGAGGGAUCUGCUCUAAAACUGAGCAGUAGAUGCUGAAAUCUUAGAAGGGGAUGUAUUCUGUUUGGCCACAAAUGGGAAAGCAGCAGAUGGUUUUGGUGGGGAAGAGAACUGCUAUUUCUACACUGAGCUGUAAUGUAUAAGAUUUGGUAUAUUAGUAAAUCUUAAAAAUAAACACUCAAAUCCAAGGUAA